AUGCUGCCCACCCCCUUCUCCGUCAAGGACAUCCUCAGCCUGGAGCGGCCGGGCCCCGACGGGGGGCUCCGCGCCGCCGCCGGCCCCGCCGCCGCCGUCGGGGAUGUGCGGGGCGGUGCGGAGCGGCGCGGAGCGGCGCGGAGCCGCCGCGGGGACGAAGAGCCGCAGCCGCGGAAGCGGCCGACGUCCCGCUGCAGCGCGGCGGGCGACGCCGACGCCGGCGGCUCUCCCAAGCAGCGGCGGCGGCGGCGAAGGCCCAGGGUUUUGUUUUCCCAAGCUCAAGUGUUUGAACUGGAAAGGCGCUUUAAGCAGCAGAAAUACCUCUCCGCUCCGGAAAGGGAGCACCUGGCCGGUGCGCUGAAGCUCUCCUCCACGCAGGUGAAGAUCUGGUUCCAGAACAGGCGCUACAAGAGCAAGAGGCAAAGGCAGGACAAGUCGCUGGAGCUGGCGGCCCGGCCGCUGCCGCCGCGCAGGGUGGCCGUGCCCGUGCUGGUGCGGGACGGCCGGCGCUGCCCGGGGGGCUCCGCGCCUUUCCCGGCCGCCUACGGCCUCGCCGCCACCGGCCCCUACGCCUCCUCCUACGGCGCCUAUAGCCGCAGCCCCUACGGCGCUAGUUACGGCUACGCCGCGGUGCCCCCGGCGCCCGCCGGCGGAGGCUUCGGCGCGGCCCCCAGGCAGCCCCCGCGGCUGCAAGGCGCCGCGCCGGCGGGCGCCAGGGCGCGGUGA